AUGGCGCUUUUACUCUACAGCUGGUACUUUUACGCAGUCGCCAUUCCCAGCCUCCUCCUUUCCAUUUCGACAAUUCUGCGAAAAUGCGGAUCAACGUCCAAAAGCACCAAGCGAUUUCCGGGGCCUAGGCAGUUCCCUGUGGUAGGCCGUGUACACGAUCUGCCCAGGUUCUCCAUGUGGCUCAAGUUCAAGGAGUGGGCAGAUACAUAUGGGCCAAUCUAUGAGACCUCGAUGAUGGGCCUGCGCUUCAUCGUCGUCACGGACGAGAGUAUGGCGCAGGAGCUACUGAUAAAAAAGGGCAAUUCUUUUUCCGGACGCACGCAAAUUCGUGCGCUCCUGGAUCAUAGAACCAGCCCUGUUUAUGUCGCUCUCCAAGACCGCAACGAAUCGUGGAAGCGACAGAGAAAAUGGGUGCAUGCAGCUAUGGCAUCCGCUAGUCAGGCCAACUUUUACGGCUACGUCGAUCGCGAAGUGAAGCGCUACCUCAUGACGCUUCUCGUCGACCCCGCGCGCUUCCAUGACAAUGCACGCGAGCUCACCGGCCGCAUCAUGACGACGCUCUCCAUCGACGACGCCGCGCAGGGCGCCCGCUUCGGCGCCAAGGCCACCGAGACGCUGCGCCAAAUGUCCAUCUCGGGGCCUAUCAUCAAUGCGCUGACGCCACUGUAUGCCCUGUGCGACAUGGUAGGCUACAACCCGUGGCGCACGUUUGAAGAAAAGCGCGAGGGUGAGAUGCGCCGCUGGUGGCGGCAGAAUCUGCAGGUUGCCAAGAAGAGAUUCCUACAAGGGUCGUUGCCGGAGAAUACGUGGUCGUAUCGCUAUCUGGCGCAGGUAGCAGCUGGUGAGGGUAGCAAGGGUAAGAACCCAAGCCUGGAGCAGAGCAGCGAGGAGGAGGAUUUUGCGGCCUGCAUGCUGGGGUUCCAGACCAUGGUGGGUGUCGUCACGGUGGCAGGCCCAAUUCAGUACUUUAUCAUGGCCAUGGGUCUGCAUCCGAAAUGGCAGAAAAAAAUGCAAGAGGAAAUUGAUCGCGUCUGUGGCGAUCGCAUGCCGCAGAUCGGUGAUUAUGAGCAGCUACCGACUGUGCGCGCGUGUGUCAAGGAAUCAUUACGAUGGAGGUCAACUGUGCCUCUUGGCGUACCGCAUCGGUGCGAGGAAGAUGUCGAAUAUCGCGGCGUCACCAUUAAAAAAGACGACGUUGUGCUCGCAUGCGAAUGGGCCCUCAACAGAGUACCAGAACAAUAUCCCGACCCCGAAAACUUCCGCCCUGAGCGCUGGCUUGAGCGCGGCUGGCCGACGUACAUGGAACCGCUCUCGAGAUAUCCCAACCUGCGCGAAGGCAAGGGCAUGCAUACCUUUGGCUGGGGCCGACGCAUGUGCCUGGGCCAGUCUAUUGCCGACCACGAGCUUUUCAUUGUUGGAGCGUCUGUUGUCUGGGGUUUCAGCGUUUCCGCCAAACAAUGCCCCUUAACUGGAGAAGAGAUCGUCUUUGACGACCAGGCGACCAAUUCAAGCGUCAUUCUCGAGCCGACAACUUUUCCAAUGAACUUGAAGCCCAGAUCGCCAGGGCAUGCCAAGGAUAUAAUGCGACAGUAUGAGUCAAUGCAGACAGAAAUGCGAGCCUAG